UUGGUUGCUGCUGUGACUGCUGUCAUCAAUACCAUCUGUGCUGCUGUUGCGAUCACUGCUACUCCACUUGUUGAUCGUAUUCCUUAUCACACAUCUGCUCUUUCUGGAUAUGGAUGGGUCUUGGAGCUCAUCGAUGGGCAUCCUGACAGGAUCAAGAAUGAGCUUGGCAUGCAGAAGCAUGUUUUCCUUGGUCUGAUUGCCGCACUUCAGAUGGCAGGCCUUUCAGAUUCACGUAAUAUCACCCUUCGGGAGAAGACAGCUAUUUUCUUGUACAUG